CAUUUAACCGUUACCUGUGGUGAUGUUCUGGUUUGUGGUUGUGAAUAGAUAUGGCAACUUCAGUUUCAGAGAUAGUUGGACUUGGAAGCACUUACAACAAUUGUAAGUUUUCUUGUUUCCGCCGAAAGGUUAAUGUUGUUACUUCACCAAACGCAUCACUUCUCUUCCCUGCAACAACUACAACGAGAUUGUCUAGUGUUGUUCCUCGAGCCCUGGAUCCCAAAAACGGAGAACAAAACUCUACUACUUCUUCAUUUCAAGAGGAUUUAGUGUAUGUGGCAAAACUAGUGAUGGGUUCUUUUGCUGGUGCGGGUGUGAUUAAAUAUGGUACUGGUGUUUUCCCUGAGAUAACUACUCCAAACCUUGUGUUGGCUCUUGUUAUCAUCUCAACUCCUGUCAUUGUUGCUGUUUUUCUUUUGAUAAAUCAAAGCCUUCGCCAGAAGACAUAGACACAUUGUUUACUUAUGAAUCAAAACAGUGUAAUUAUCAUUUCUUUGUUUAUUGCUCUGUUGAAUUUGCAUGAUUAUUGUCCAAAAGUGCAUCAAUAAUGCCAAAGAAUUUUGAUACA